GGAACUCUGCAAGAUGAGUAGUAGCAGGAGGAGGAGAAGGAAAAAAGGGGAAGGUCAACCUAUAGAGAAAAUGAGGAAACCAAUCUGAAAGGACAUGGAAUCCGAAAUCCAAAACCCAUUAAGGUUUUCAAAUGCGUUUUUUGGGAUCGUCUCCCACGGAGGAUCAGACUCUGGGUUGAUUUGAUAUGCUAAACUUGCCUCACAAUUAAAACCAACCAUGUCCGAUUCUUUACUUACCUUCUGAGUUUUCCCUUUCUUCCCCAGUUGCAAUGAACAACUCCUCCACUCUGGCUUGCCAACCCCUAGAUUGUUAAAAUCUCUUCUAGUUCUUCCUUCAAAUUGAGUUCCUCUUUCUCCCAUCCAUGUCUUCCGAUCACCCUGAGUUCAAUCCACACUUGUUCCCAAGGGAACGGGUGCAGCAACCGCCAUCCCCGUCUGCGCAAACACGAAACCAACAAGGAGGAGGAUCAGAUCUUAAGGUGCCCCAGCCUCGCAAAACCAAGGCCUACACCUGGUUCUUUGCAGUCUGUUUCGCCAUAUUGGGGUUCGUAAUCAUAGUUGCAGGCUUGGUCGUUCUGGUGAUCUACCUCACAUUCAAGCCUCGAAUCCCUCGUUUCGAUGUCUCAAGCGUCACCCUCAAGGCAGCUUACAUCGAUACAGGCUCUCUGCUUAACGCCGAUGUCACCCUCCUUGCCAAUUUCACCAAUCCAAACAAGAAGGAACACAGUCGAGGUUCCAUGCCGUUGAGAUGAUCUCUAGCCAAGUUGCUCUCCCCAUGGAUGUCACCCAGAAGCUGAGGAAACAGAUUGGACUGAAUGGAGUCAUCUUCCACCUCAAGGGCUCAUUU